AGCCGCAGGAGAAACUUUACGGAUAGAUUUUUUUUUCGUGGUAACGAAAAUUUACGGGAGAAAAGAAAGAAAGAAAGAAAAGAAAGAAAAAAAUAGCGACGUGCGAUGGAUGCCUCGAAAUCGGUUCUAUUUGUUUCAGCUCUGAGCUCCAUGUUUUCUGCUGUUGGUGCUGUUCAGGUGUGUGAUGUGGUAAACGAGAUUGUGCUGGCAAGAGAGAGAUGUGAGAAUAAAACAGCAAGAAACUUCACAUCAGGUUGCCAAGGGAUGUGGGACAUUAUUGCUUGCUGGCCAGCAGCCAAAGUUGGGGAACACGUGGUGAUUCCUUGUCCAUAUUACUUUAGACACUUCUCGGACCACCAUGAGGGUAACCUCUCCAAGACUUGCACUGCAGAUGGCUGGACUGAGAUGCAUCCUAUGACAAUUGCAGAGAAUUGUGGGUAUAACCUUAACGGCACGGUUGAUGAUGAUAGUUUCUUUAUUUCUGUGAAGAUUGGCUACACCAUCGGCCACAGUGUUUCUCUCAUUUCUCUCACUACUGCCAUUGCAAUACUUUGUAUAUUCAGGAAACUACACUGCACACGAAACUACAUCCACAUACACCUGUUUGUGUCCUUCAUCUUGAAGGCCAUUGCUGUCUUCGUCAAAGAUGUGGUCCUGUAUGAUGUGAUUCAGGAGUCUGACAACUGCUCCACUGGAUCUGUUGGCUGCAAAGCUGUGAUUGUCUUCUUCCAGUAUUGCAUUAUGGCCAGCUUCUUCUGGCUCCUAGUGGAAGGUCUCUAUCUUCAUACUCUAUUGGCCGUCUCCUUCUUCUCAGAGAGGAAGUACUUCUGGUGGUACAUUCUGAUAGGUUGGGGAGGCCCAAUGAUCUUCAUCAUGGCUUGGAGCUUUGCCAAGGCUUACAUCAAUGAUGUCGGAUGCUGGGAUAUAAUUGAGAAUUCCGACCCAUUCUGGUGGAUUAUCAAGACCCCGAUUUUAGGCUCAAUUCUGAUGAACUUCAUCCUGUUCAUUUGUAUUAUUCGGAUACUGCGGCAGAAGAUCAACUGUCCUGACAUUGGGAGAAAUGAAUCAAAUCAGUAUUCGAGAUUGGCAAAGUCCACUCUGUUGUUGAUUCCACUCUUUGGGAUAAACUUCAUCAUAUUUGCUUUUAUUCCAGAGAACAUAAAAACAGAGCUAAGGCUUGUGUUUGACCUCAUUCUUGGGUCAUUUCAGGGGUUUGUGGUUGCUGUACUGUACUGUUUCCUGAAUGGAGAGGUCCAAGCUGAGAUCAAGAGAAAAUGGAGGCGAUGGCACCUCGAAAGGUUUCUUGGUCCUGACACCAAGUACCAGCACCCAUCCAUGGGCAGCAACGGCAACAAUUUCAGCACACAGAUCUCCAUGCUGACUCGCUGUAGCCCCAAGACUCACCGUGCAUCAGUAUGCCAGGACGAGUCAUCCAUAACAGUCUAACUUAACAUCUACACCGCAGAACAAUGAUGUAUAUUGUGGUAUGUCGUCAUAGAGGAUGAAACUGUGCUUAAGGACAUGGAAAAUCAUGAAUAUCUUGUUCAGGAUGUGGUCACCUUGUAAAGAUUCCCUCAUUCCAUCAACAUGAACAUUAGUUUAGUGGUAUGAACUAGUUCCAAACUUCACAAUUUAUAGCUAUACAUACCUUAGGAGGCAUGAGCUACCUAUAGCUAUUGCUCCUCAUUUACAGGAGUGUGUCUUAAACCUAGUUUUUCACUGAACGCAUCGUAAUUUGAUGCUCUUAGGUUCUUGAAUGAAAAACUCAGCAUUGGACAGGACAUGCACUGAUAAUUCUUCCUCUCUGUGAUACAUAAAACCUGUAAAUAAAGUAGAGAUACUCUCCUGGAGAGUUGUGAGAUACUGCAGUUGUAGA